GAGGCUGCGGUCAAGCGCUCACGAGAGUACAACAUGCGAGCCUUCAUCAGAGACCACAGGACCUUGGCAGUGAGUGAGUGGUCUGCCGCAGUGAUGCUGGGGGAGAAGCGGCACCCUCUCUUGGCACAGAUGCCCGCCCCGGCCGCCAGCGCCCCUCCCCACGCCCACAGACAGCACAUCGUGGGCGUGCCGAGCGCGGGCGUGCCUGGGGUGGGCGUCAAGCUGAUGCAAGAGCCUGGCUUCGCUGCCAACGACUCUCACCUCUACGCCCGCGACCUCCAGCUCAGCCUCAGAUACCGGGACGAGGCCGCACGCCCUCAGGAGGCCUUCCUGGCCCAGGGGCUGGGCACACCCUCAGGGCUCAGAUACCCCCCUGGGGGCGUGCCCCUCGCUCAGGCGGCCGCCGAAGAGGACCCCAGGAGACAGAGAGCUCUGUCUCCUGGUUCUCAGCACUCAGCAGCGGCUACGUUCUUUGCAAGGGCACAAGUUUAUCCACAACUUCAGUCAUCGGUGCCAGCUGUAAGCAAAGGAAACCAGAGCCAUCUAGUGGUGCCAUGCAGCCCUAGAUCGUCUGAUGACCGUCAGGGGCUGGCAUCUCGCGUAAACUCUCGGAAAGGCAGAGCAAUUAGUACUUUCGCCAGGGCUUUCCUGGUGGUUGAUAAGACAUUGGAACCUGAGGACGAACACUUAGAGACAGAUUCUAAAUUACUGACCUUAGCUGACACUGGAGCCUGCUUACAAACACAAUCCAGAGAGGACAGUGUCAGUACCUAUACGUCACAUCCUAAAGAUGGACACCCGCGAAGAGCUACCCUAACAACUGGACCUGUGAAGAGCUACACCAACGACUGGAUCUUUGAAAAGCUACCCCAACGACUGGACCCGUGA